AUGUUCACCCUCGCUGGUCGUCAGCCCGCGGCCUAUCCGGCGCCUGACAAUGAGGAUACGGCCUUCAUCGAUCCCGAGCUCACCAGUCUGCCCAAGCGGCGGAAGCUGACGACGGAUGCAGCGAACAUGGCCGAAUCACACGCCUACCAGUCGUCUGAUCUCUCUGAAGAACAUUCCGACUCGGGCUCUGGCGAUGCGGAGGAUGGUCCCGACGGAGAUACUGAGCAUGCCGGAGAGCUCCUCGACGAGGAAGCGUUCAAGGCCCACGUGAUCCAGCAGCUGGGCAUUCCGCCCUCGGCAGAGUACUCGGAUCACGACGUCCAGCGGCAACCAGACAUAGUGGCCGCCAACCAACGUCUCGUCAUGCCGCUCGAUGGCCCUCGGCUGCGGCUCAUCAUCCAUCGGGUCGAGGGUGACCGGGACCUGUGCUUCAAGAUGCGAUGGUUUGUCGCCCGGCACGCCCGCAAGCAUUUCGACAGCGCACUGCCGGGCAGCCAGCAGGCCUUUCAACGACGCGUGCGCCAGGGCCACAAGUUCGACCAGGAGGUCGCUAUCAAGCUCCGACCGACGCCAUUCAACCGCCUCGACUUCGAAGUCACCCGUGCGCAGGAGGAGUUCAGCAAGGGGGACUCGGGCUGGGAGAACAGUCGCCUGACACAGGUGCUGCAGAGGACAUAUUCGCAGUACGGCUGGAGCGAAACCGUCAGCCACGCCGAUGUCGACCUGAUCCUUAUGAACGCGGGCGCGAAUCCAGGUGUAUUUGCCAGCGCUGCGAGGAUCCAAGCUCUCGUAGGGACCACGACAGGCGAGAUGCCUCCGCCACGAGUACACCCUGGUAUCGCGGGAAAAUCCAGGAGGUCUACGUCCCGCAGGCCGCCGCGCGGGGCAUCGCAUCAGGAUACGCCUAGAGAUGGCUUGAUGGACGAGAUACAGUCCCUGCGAGCCGAGGUCCGAGACUUGAAGGAGGCUUUUGUGGCCGAAUGCAGAGCCUCGCAACAGGCUCUUGUGGCCGAGAUGCGCCUACUGCGGGAGGCUAUGACCGGAGCUCCGCAACGCAAGAGAAAGUGA